GUUGGAAGAUGACCACCAAUAUCUAAAAGUGCACAGUUGCCAGUGUUGAAAUACAAACAGAAUUUAGGAAGCUAGCCAUGUUAAUAUUUUUAGAACCCAAGGCAAGACAUGAUUCUUUACUUCCCCUUUUAUAAUUAUUGCAGAAUUCAUCUGAGUGCAACUCUCCUGUCCUCCUGUGUGGAUGGAAGAUAUGCUGGAUUUUCAUGAGACAGACUUUCCUUGCCCUCAGUGAGGACAAGGUCACCAUGCAUCUGUGGCUGCUGCUGCUCAUCCUGGCUCCUGGAAGAGAACAAUCAGGUUUAGCUCCAAAAGCUUUUAUUCACCUAACUCCUCCAUGGUCUGUGAACUUCAAUGGAGAGAAAGUGACUCUCACAUGCAGGGAUUCCAAUUCUCCAACCAGGGGAGACAUAUCCUGGUAUUAUAAUGACAAUUUGUUGAAAGAAGAAUCUGGAGAAAUUCAAAUUAUGAAGACUGGAUACUACAAAUGCAAGACCAAAGGAUCUUCCCUCAGUGACCCUGUGCAUGUGAGAUUUUCAUCUGACUGGCUGAUUCUCCAGGCUUCCCACCCUGUUUUUGAAGGAGAUUAUGUAUAUCUGAGAUGCCGGGGGAGGAAAGAAGAGGAUAUUAGUGAAAAGAUUUACUACAAAGACGGAGAAGAACUUGGUGGCAAUUAUAAUUCAGACUCCAUCACAAUAAAUUCAGACUCCCUGGACAACAGCAAAUAUCAUUGUACUGCUUCUAGAAGGGGUUUCUGGGGCUCACGGAAAGAAACUUCAAAACCUAUACAGAUCCAAGUUCAAGAGUUGUUUCCACCUCCUGUGCUGACAGCAAGCCCCUCCCAGCCCAUAGAGGGGAGCCCAAUGACCCUGAAAUGUGAGACCUGGCUCCCUCCGGAGAAGUCAUACAUUCAGCUUCAAUUCUGUUUCUUCAGAGAAGAUCAGGCCCUGGGGUCAGGCUGGAGCAGCUCCUCAGGGCUCCAGAUCCCUGCCAUAUGGAGUGAAGACUCAAGGUCUUACUGGUGCCAGGCAGAGACAGUGACUCACAGUACCAUGAAAAGAAGCUUGAAAUCCCAGAUACGUGUACAGAGAGUCCCUGUGUCUGAUGUGAAUCUAGAAAUCCAGCCCCCUGGAGGGAAGCUGAUUGAAGGAGAAAAUCUGGUCCUUAUCUGCUCAGUAACCAAGGGGACAGGAACUAUCACGUUCUCCUGGCACAGAGAAGGCACAAUAAGAAUUUUGGAAAAAAAGACCCAGCGUUCCCUGUCAGCAGAGCUCCAAAUACCCACUGUGAAGGAGAGUGAUGCUGGGAGAUACUACUGUGCAGCUGACAACAUUCAUGGCCCCAUCCUCAGUACACUGAUUACCAUCACAGUGAGAAUUCCAGUGUCUCGCCCUGUCCUCACCAUCAGGGCUCCCAGGGCCCAGGCUGUGGUAGGGGAUGUGGUGGAGCUUCGUUGUGAGGCCUGGAGAGGCUCUCCUCCAAUCCUGUACCAGUUUUACCACGAAGUUGCCACCCUGGGAAGCAGCUCAGCCCCCUCUGGAAGAGCAGCAUCCUUCAACCUCUCUCUGACUGCAGACCAUUCUGGAAACUACUCCUGUGAGGCUGACAAUGGCCUGGGAGCCCAGCAUAGCGACAAAGUGAUUCUCAGCGUCACAGUUCCAGUGUCUCGUCCUGUCCUCACUCUCAACCCUGCCGGCACCCAGCCUGUGGUGGGAGAUGUGUUGGAGCUUCGCUGUGAGGCCCAAAGAGGCUCUCCCCCAAUCCUGUACUGGUUUUAUCAUGACAAUGUCGCUCUGGGGAAAAGCUUGGCCCCCUUUGGAGGAGGAGCAUCCUUCAACCUCUUUCUGAUGGCACAGCCUUCUGGGAACUACUUCUGUGGGGCAAACAAUGGUCUGGGGGUGCAAUGCAGUGAGGUGGUGAGACUCAACUUCACAGUGCCUUCCAGGAGCAAAAUAAUCCUUAUCACUGUGGGAGUCAUCUCAGGGCUGCUAAUUAUCCUUGUCCUUGCUGCUACUGCUGCUCUGGUGUGCAAGUUCAAGACCCAAAGGAAAUCAGGAGGACUUUCUGCCACCGGAAUACCUAGUUACAGUCCCAAUGAGUGUCAGGGGCCUUCCUUGUCCAAGCCUUUCAGGACAGGCACCCAAGAGCCAACUCACUCUGAGCCACCAGUCCUGAUGGAUCUGCAGCCAGUGUACAGCAAUGUGAAUCCUGGAGAUAGUGGCCUGGUUUAUUCUGAGAUCUGGAGCAUCCAGCGUACAAAAGAAAAUUUAGCAAAUUCACCAAGGAUGCAUCAGGAGCAUGAGGGACUCACAGUCAUCUAUUCAGAGUUGAAGAAGUCACAUCCAGAUGACUCUGCAAGUCAGGCCAGGAGUAGUGACAGGGCCCAUGAUGAUGAUAGAGAAAACUAUGAGAAUGUUCCUUGUGCAUCAUCGGCCUUGGGCCACUAGCCCUUUACCCUGAGUGACCUCCAAAGCCCUGAAAGGCAGCCUGUGCCAUUCUCCCUGUUUUCUCCAACCAUGCACCCUCUGCUUCCAGGACUCAGCCUCCCAGGAGGCUAGGCUUUAAGGAACGUGAGGCUGUGUGAAAUAUCUGCAGGCCUCCUCUGUCCCUGAGUCUGUUGAUCUCUAGGAGCAGAGUGGGCAGCAUUUGAGUAAAUGCUGCAUUCUUUUCACAGUAGAGAUUCAUGUGAAGGCAGGUGAGCCUUCAGCAUCUGGGCCUAUGGAAUAGAAGAGGACAAGGAAAAGGUCUAGGCAGGAUCACAAGGGUACGACAUGGCCAUUUGAUCAAAAUGUGAUCGAAAGCUUUUAGUGUACUAUCUUGCAUAAACAAUUAGCCCAAAACGUUUUUUUUUCCUUUUGUUUGUAGUUGAUAGAGGCAUUGCUGAUGUUCUGCUGUAUAUGCUGUCUUCUAGCUACCAAAUGGAAAUGACCAAAAGGAUUCAUUCUAUCGACAUACAUCCUAUUUUUUCACGAAAUGUGCAUCAGUACUAAGAAAUAUCUAAAAUAUAAUCCAGUCCAUUUAAUGGGAGAGCGCUUUCAAAUUAUCUGAUUAAGUAUUAUUACGGGCUGGAUUGCGUCCCCUUAAUAUUCAUAUGUUGGAGCCCUAACCCCCAAUGUGACGAUACUUGGAAAUAGGGCCUUUAAGGAGGUAAUUAAGAUUAAACAAGGUCUUGAGGGCAGGCUGUAACCCAAUUGGACUGGUGUCCUUACAAGAAUAAGGGACAUUGGGGACCUCUGUAUCUCUCCUCAUGCAUGCGGAGGGAAGGCCAUGUGAGUACACAGCAAGAAGGCAGCCAUUUGCACAACCAGAAGGUGACCAAGAAGAGAAGUCUCACCAGAAACCAACCCUGCCAGCCACUUAAUCUUGGACUUCCAGCCUCUAAAACUGUGAGAAAAUAAAUGUCUGAUAUUUAAGUCACCUAAUCUGUGGCAUUUUGUUAUGACAUCCAGAGCAGAUUAAUACAGAUUUAUACGUAGAUAUAUAGAUGAUAAAUGAUUGGUGAUGAUGAUAAUGAUGAUGAGGAGGAGGUUGAUGGUAGAUAAAUAAAUAAAUAAACUAGAUGCAGAUAUAUGACACAUCUCCCAACCCACGCAGAAUUUUUGGUCUUCAAGAUAUUUUUGCUCUCACAGGAUCAAACAGUCCUCCUACAUGGAGCAGCUCAGUUUUGCUAUUUAAUUAUUCAACAUCCAUUAUUUGAAGGCUACAGAAGCAACAGCACCAACCUUGGAAGGCCAGUAGAGCCAAUGAUUCACAUGACUCAGAUGGCAAAGCUUAGUGUCACUCGGGAGCCCUCAUGACCUGAGCUGACAGUGGAUGUAGAGAUAGAUGCAAGGCAAUCAGUAGGCUCAAAGGAGGACACCCACUUCCUUUGCUCAAAGACUCCUAAUUCAUUAUGCAACUGACUGACAAACACUGGGUGUCUACUACCGAAGACAAACAUCUUGAAAUGCAUGCCAUUUGUGUUUAAGUUUCAGGAAAAAUGGCAGAAUCACUUUUAUUCAUAUAAGUUCUACUGA